CGGUCGUCGACUGUGGUGGUGGCGCUUCUGGCGCUGCUGUUAGCCGGCAACACCGACGCGGCACGUCACCGCAAGUAUAGACAGACUUACCAAGACAUCGACUCAUCCGACGAGACCUCAGACGUUCAAAUCACCGUCUUCCCAUCCGAAAAGGAAGUCCGCGACGGACGUGACGUCUCCUUCGAAUGCCGUGCUCGCACAUCUGACAACUCUGUGUACCCAACUGUCCGAUGGGCUCGUGUCGGUGGACCACUUCCAUCGUCCGCUCACGAUUCUGGAGGUCGUUUGACCAUCAAUCCAGUCUCACUGUCGGAUGCCGGAACCUAUAUUUGUGUGUCGGAUUACAAUGGACAAACUGUUGAGGCUAGAGCUACACUCAACGUUGUCUCAUAUGGACCCCAAGAAGUGUCGAACUCGAACGUACUCCGCCAGUCUGGUCAAUGUAUGGCCGACGAGAAGGCGUGCGGAAACAACGAAUGCGUCAAGAACGACUACGUGUGCGACGGUGAGCCUGAUUGCCGCGAUCGAUCCGACGAGGCGAACUGCCCGGCAAUGUCGAGAACCUGCGAGCCGAACGAGUUCAAGUGUAACAACAACAAGUGUGUGCAGAAGAUGUGGCUUUGCGAUGGUGAUGACGAUUGUGGAGACAAUUCUGAUGAGCUUAACUGCAACGCCAAACCAAGCGACAACGGGUGCAAACCAACCGAAUUCCAAUGCCACGAUCGCCGUCAAUGCGUUCCAUCCUCUUUCCACUGCGACGGAACCAACGAUUGUCAUGAUGGUUCUGAUGAGGUCGGAUGUGUUCAACCAACUGUCGUCGAUCCACCACAAACCAAUCUUCAAGUGCCACGUGGAUCCACCUUCUCGCUGACCUGCAAAGCUGUCGCCGUUCCAGAGCCAUACAUCAAUUGGCGUUUGAAUUGGGGACCGGUUUGUGAGCCACCAAGAUGUCUGCAAACUUCGGAAGGAGGAUACGGAACGUUGACUAUCCAUGAUGCUCAACCAGUCGACCAGGGAGCCUACACCUGCGAGGCCAUCAACGUCAAGGGACGCGUCCUCGCCACUCCAGACUGCAUCGUUCGUGUCGUCGACGAGCAGCCACGUCCACAACCACCACCAACCGCUCCACCACAAAGAGCCACGUGCGACACCCGUGGAGCCGUGAGCCCAUAUCCAAACAACUACGGAUCGUGCGAUUGCAAGUCUCAAGUCACCGGACCAAACUGCGAUCAAUGCAAGCCAGGCGCAUUCCAUUUGUCGGAGAAGAGUCCAGAAGGAUGCUUGAAAUGCUUCUGUUUCGGAGUUUCCAAUGACUGCAGAAGCAGUGGAUACUACAGAACCAAGGACCGUCUUAUGUUCGCCGGAGACGCUGAAGGAGUCACCAUGUCGGAUAUCGAAGAGCGCUCGAUUGAUCGUAACGCACCAUACUCUUUCUUCAAGACUGGUUACCUAACAUUCGAUGGAACCACAGAUGGAGUCACUAAAUACUGGAGACUUCCACAACGAUUCCUCGGAGACAAGGUCACCGCGUAUGGUGGAAAGAUGGAAUUCGAAAUCGAGUUCGCCGGACAAGGAUCGCAUUCUUCAGAGCCAAUGGUUGUUCUGAAGGGUAACCAGAACAUCCUUGUCCAUCGUGUCCGUAACCAGGAGCAUGUUCUCCGAUCGGAUUCUCCUGUUAGAAUCACAGUGGAGACUUACGAGACAAACUAUGAACAAUUAAAUGGAGCAGCUGCCACUAGAGAGGAUCUCUUGAUGGUUCUUGCUGACUUGGAUGCUUUCUUGAUUCGAGCGACCCAUGUUGCUCAUCAAUCCUCCACUAGCUUGGGAGACGUCUCCUGGGAGAUCGCUGUCGAUCGUUACACCCCAGACGGUCUUGCUCUCGAGGUUGAGCAGUGUGUGUGCCCACCUGGAUACCUUGGUACGUCUUGCGAGGAUUGUGCUCCAGGAUACGAGCGUAGCGGUCAUGGACCAUACCUCGGAACUUGUGUGCCAAUUCAACCAAGACACCAACAAUGUGGUCCAGGAGCAUUGGCUCCAACCGCUCCAGCUCAAGGCCAGUGUCAAUGUAAGGCAUCAGUGAUCGGACCAAAUUGCGAUCGGUGCGCUCCAAACUCGUUCGGACUCGCGCCAGCUAACCCACAAGGAUGUAUUCCAUGCUUCUGCUCAGGUGUCACUCAACAGUGUUCUGCAUCGAACUACCGAAGAACUAGCGUCUCCAUCGACUAUGCACGUGGGGAUCGUGAUCAACUCGAGCUCACCACAUCCGACUCUCGUCAGCCAUUCUCGCCACAAACCCGCGCUCACGUCUCCGGACAAGCCAUCGAGUUCAGAAGCUUCGAGGAGGCACGUGGACAAACUUUGUACUGGAAACUUCCAGAGAAGUUCCUUGGAGACAAGGUCACCGCUUAUGGAGGUGUCUUGAAGUACACGUUCAAGUUCUCGGGAUCCGGAAGCACCGAUCAGUCGGCUGAUGUUAUUUUGAGAGGAAACGACAUUGCUCUUCAAUACAAGCACAGAGAGCCAUUCCAUCCAGAUAGAGAGAACAAUGUGGAGAUCAAGAUCUUUGAGACCAGCUGGCAACGCGUCGAUGGUCAACAAGCCACCCGUGAACAUCUUCUCAUGACCCUUGCCGAUCUCGACACUCUUCUCAUCAAAUCCACCUACAACGACGAUUGCACCGAUUCUCAACUCAUCUCCGUCAACUUUGAGUACGCCGAGCCAUAUGGUCAAGGACUCACCGCCGCUGAAGUCGAACAAUGUAUCUGCCCACCAGGAUACGUCGGAACUUCCUGCGAAGACUGCGCCCCAGGAUACUCGCGUACCGGAGGAGGUCUCUACCUCGGACUCUGCGAGAAAUGCGAAUGCAAUGGACACGCUAGCCAAUGUGACAAGGAAUACGGAUAUUGUUUGGAUUGCCAGCACAACACCGAAGGUGACCAAUGCGAGAGAUGCAAGCCAGGAUUCGUUGGAGAUGCCAGACGAGGAACACCAAAUGAUUGUCAACCAGAAGCCACGCGUGCUCCAUGCCACUGUAACAACCACUCGCCAAGAGGAUGUGACUCGUUUGGACGGUGCUUGUUGUGCGAGCAUAACACUGAAGGAACACAUUGCGAGAGAUGUAAGAAGGGAUAUUAUGGAGAUGCCACCAAGGGAUCACCAUACGAUUGUACACCAUGCCCAUGCCCAGGAGCCUCGGACUGCUAUCUCGACAACGAGGGACAAGUCGCUUGCCGCAUCUGCCCAGCCGGUCUUGAAGGACGUCUGUGCAACGAGUGCGCUCCAGGAUACACGCGCUCCAACAAACCAGCCGGGCGUGUUUGCGAACCCAUCGGACAAGUCACCAACGAGGACAUCACCUUCGUUCAGAAGCCACAUGAAGUAUUACGAGUCAGGAUUAUGGAGCCGAAACGACAGAUUGCUCAUCCCGGCGAUCGUGUGCAUUGGAUUUGUCAAGUUUCUGGAUUUACGACGGAGAAAAUCCACGUAGAAUGGACGAAAGUCGGUGAAGUGAGCCUUCCAUCGAACGCCAAGGCCUAUGACGGGUAUUUGGUAUUAGAAGGCGUCGAGCGGGAGCACGCCGGACAGUAUAGGUGUACGGCGACAACGAUAACACAGUAUGCAACGGAUGACGCAUUGCUAACCGUUUCCAAGAAAAUAAGCGGUCGUCCACCACAACCAGUCAUCGAUCCACCACAUCUCGUCGUCAACGAAGGCGAACCAGCCGCUUUCCGUUGUUGGGUUCCAGGAAUUCCGGAUUGUCAAAUCACGUGGCAUCGUGAACAAUUGGGAGGACCACUUCCACACGGAGUUUAUCAGACUGGAAACGCGCUGAAAAUCCCACAAUCUCAACUUCACCACGCCGGCAGAUAUAUCUGCUCGGCUGCCAAUCAAUAUGGAAUCGGACAGAGUCCACCUGCUGUGUUGGAGGUUAAACGACCAUCCAUCCCACCAAAGGUCGAUCCAGUCCGCCAAACCGUCGACCGCGACCAACCAGCCCGUUUCAAGUGCUGGGUGCCAGGAAACUCAAAUGUACAACUCAGAUGGUCUCGUCCAGGCGGUGGAGCACUUCCAAGCGGCGUUCAAGAGCAACAAGGAAUCCUUCACAUCCCACGUGCCGGUGAUCAAGAAGUCGGACAAUACAUCUGCACCGCAACCGAUCCAAGAGACAACAUCCCACUUCAAUCGGAGCCAGUUCAGCUUAACAUCAGAGAUCCAGCUCCACAGCCACGCGCCGCUCCUCAAAUCGAUCCACCAAACCAAACCGUCAACGUUAACGAUCCAGCUCAAUUCAGAUGUUGGGUUCCAGGACAGCCACGCGCUCAGUUGAAAUGGUCCAGAAAGGACGGACGCCCAUUGCCAAACGGAAUUUUAGAGAGAGAUGGAUUCUUGAGAAUCGACAAGUCUCAAUUGCAUGACGCUGGAGAGUAUGAGUGUACCGCUACCGAGCCAGAUGGCAGCACACAAGUCUCACCACCAGCUAGACUCAAUGUUAACCAGCCACAAGCUAUCCAACCACAAGUUGAUCCACCAGUCCAAACCGUCAACGAAGGAGAACCGUCUCGUAUUCGUUGCUGGGUCCCAGGACAUCCAAACAUUCAACUCCAGUUCGUCAAACGCGGACGCCGCCCACUCCCGGUCCACGCCCGUGUGUCUGGAGGAAAUCUUGAAAUUCCAAGAACCCUCAAAUCCGACGAAGACGAGUACAUCUGCAUUGCCACCGAUCCAAACACCAAUCGUCCAGUGGAAUCGAAUCCAGCAAGAGUUAUUGUCAAGUCGCCAAUCCGUCCAAUCGUCGACCCUGCCGAACAAACUGUCCCAGAAGGAUCGCCAUUCAGAAUCCGUUGCUAUGUCCCAGGACAUCCAAAUGUUCAACUCUCAUUCAGAAGAGCAUCCGGACAACUCAACGAGGAUGCUGAUGAGAAUAACGGACUCUUGGCCGUUCAAAGAGCUGAGCUUUCUGACGAGGGAGACUACAUCUGUACCGCCCGGGACCCGGAUACCGGAGCACCAAUCGAUUCAACACCAGCUACAGUGCAUGUUACCAGUGCGGCUGCUCCACCAGUCGUUGAAGCUCAAACUCCACACCCUGUGAUCACCCCACAAACGCAGACUGUGCCCGAGGGAGAUCCGGCACGCAUCCAAUGUUCUGUCCCAGGAGUGCCUUCUGCCGUUCAGCACCUCUCUUUCGAGAGAGCUGAUGGUAGACAGCUUCCGUUUGGAUCUAGUGAUGAUCGGGGCGUUCUGACGAUUCCAAGCACUCAACUUCAAGACGCCGGAGAGUACAUUUGCGUCUACGAACCGGAGAAUCAGCACCCACAACGGACGAAUCCGAGCACUUUGAACGUGACACCUGAAGGCGCACCACCUCGCCCCGUUGCCACUCCACCACUUCUCCAGGUGGCACCAGGCUCACCAGCACGAUUCAACUGUGUUGCUCACUCUGACACACCGGCACGUAUCAAGUGGGGAUUCCGCGAGGAGCUUGGAGCCCUGCCGGAGCACGUCAAUCAGGAUGGAGACGAUUUGGUGAUUUCUGCCGCUGGAGAUGAUAACGUUGGCGAGUACGUGUGCUCGGCAACCAACGACUACGGAACAGGAGUCGCGGAUCCAGUUCGAUUGGAAGUCACAGAGGACCAAGAGCCACCAACGGCCGUCGUCGAGCCACGCACUUGGAAUGGGAAGCCAGGAGAGCGACACCAGUUCAGAUGCAUCACUACAGGAUCGCCUACUCCAAAGAUUACAUGGACUGGACCCGACGGAUCGCCUCUACCACACGACGUUACACCGCUUGAGCCGAAUAUUCUCGACUUCUCCAACGGCCGCUCCGAGCUCAACGGAGAGUACACUUGCACGGCUUCGAACCCUAUUGGCGAGGCCUCCGACCACGGAGUCGUCAACAUUGGACCAUCGCUCACCGUCAAGACCAAUCCACCAGGUCCGAAAUUGAUUGUGACAGUAGGAGAGCCACUUCAAGUCAAGUGCGAAGCAUUCGGAGCACCAGGAGAUCCGGAGCCAGAAGUCGAAUGGCUUCAUGAUCCAGGACCGGAGCGUGGAGAUCUUCCAGAUGAUUUCAAGCCAGUUACUAUAUCGGAACAAUUCAUCAGACAUCCAAAUGUCGGACUUGGAAACGCCGGAGUCUACACUUGCAAGGGAUCCAGUGCUCACGCCACUGCCACCAAGAACAUCUACAUCGAAGUAGUAGAACCAUCCAGAAUCGCCACCGUUUCAAUCCUCGGAGGAUCGUCCCAAUGGUUCGAUCAAGGAGAAAAGGCCGAGAUGAUCUGUACGGCUACUGGAAGCUCAUUGGUGGAUCGAUUGGAAUGGGAGAAGGUCGAUGAUCAGCUACCAACUGAUGUUGAAGAGCAUAAUGAGCCUGGACUUUUGCAUUUCCCAAGCUUCAAGAACUCAUACGCUGGCGAAUACCGCUGCAAUGGAUACAGAAACAACGAGAUCAUCGCCUCCGCCGCUGUUCAUGUUCACUCUUCAAACGAUGCUGAUGAUGAGCCAAAGGUUGAGAUUGAGCCACCACGUGUCAGAGUCGUGUCCCAAGGAGACAACAUCGUCCUCAAGUGCUCAGUUCAAGGCGCCGAAAACGGCGAGCACUUCAAGUGGGCUCUUCUCCGCGGCGGCUCUCUGGUCCGUCAACUUGGCACCGAGCCAACAUUGGAAAUAGUGAAGGCAGAUCCAUCGAACGAUUUCGGUGUCUACAGAUGCAAUGUGGAGGAUAACAACGGACUGGUCAUCGGGUCCGCCUACACAGCGGUCUCCGUCGGACAACAGGACAAAUCUCACGCUCAAAUUGUGAAAUUCGAUGACAAAUCGGAUGCUUCAUUCACUUGUCCAAUCUACUCAGUACCUGGAUCGAAAGUCGAAUGGACUUAUGAUAAUGGAGAUCUUCCAUCGAAGGCCGUACCAAAUGGAAACAAGAUUGAAAUCAAGGAAUUCGAUGAUGCUUCGGCUGGAACCUACGUUUGCAAGGUUUCAUUCGAUGGAAAUGUUGUUGAAGGAUUUGUGACCGCACAGAUGUUUGUGCCCGACACAAUCAUCCAAGUUCUUCUGGAAGUUUCUUCCGAGUCCCCACAAAUCGGAGAUCGGGCCUGGUUCGAUUGUAAGGUCACCGGAGAUCCAUCAGCUGUCAUUUCAUGGACCAAGGAAGGAAAUGAUGAUUUGCCACCAAAUGCUCAGGUAACCGGAGGCCGCCUUCUGUUCACCGAUCUCCAACAAGACAACGCCGGAGUCUACAGAUGUGUUGCCAAGACGAAAGCGGGACCACUUCAAACGAGAACUGUCCUGAACGUUGGAUCCGGAAAACGCAAGCGAAAACAUCUGGGGAAUCGUCGGGGACGUCGUCUGAGGCAUCGUAGACGUAACGCCGGUGUCCAAGGGUCCGGUGUUCAGAGUCGAAAGACAAGAACCACCACUAAACUUUUUGGAUCGUGGUUCUAG